UUUCAGUGCUGAACAUCAAUGUUUUUAAGGGGCCCGCCAGUGGAGCUUUUAUACAUCUCACUCACAACUUGAAAACCUCACAGUAGACAUAAAGAGAACAUGAACAAGCACAAUCACCCCCUCAGAUAACAAUUUCCAAUAUAUCUCCAGCUUCAGCUUCCUUUUCAAAGGACAAAACAAUGGGAAACCCCCUCCCAAACACCCCUCAAAUCAUCACCUCAGUAAUCUACCAGCUGUCCAAAUUCCAUCCACCACCACCACCCUCAAGCGCGGUAGCAGCACCACCUCCAGACCAGAAUAACAACAACAAUACGCAGCGUCAACAUCAGAACAACCCUCCUCCCACAGAAACACAUGAUAAUAACAACAACCCGCUCACCCAACUCCCUGCCCCCGUCCUCUCAAAAGUAAAACCCCUCCUCCUAACUCUACAUUGCCUCUUCCCCAACGAACUGCUCCUGGCUCUGGAUAUCCUAGACCGGAGGGGGAUAAAAAGAUAUGAAUAUGAAUAUGGCGAUGACUAUGACGAGGAUGUGUAUGAUCGAGGACAGGGGGCAGGAGAAGCAGAGCAACAGCAGCAGCAGCAGCAGCAGCAAUAUAGACGAGGAGGAAAUAUAGACGGGGGGAUAUACUUUGUCAACUCUUUAUCCUCAUCUUCGAGCAUGAUGAAUACAACCAGACCAAAUACCAAUAAUGCCAAUAAUGCCAAUAAGAAUAAUAACCCCACCUCAAAAACCAAACCCCCCCACCUCGUCUGCCUAAACGCCUGGAACUGCUCCUGUCCCGCCUUUAGCAUGGCCGCAUUUCGAUACUUGGAUUCUGAUUCUGAUUCUGAUUCUGAUUCUCCCGAGCACACCACUGCUACUGCUACUGCUACUGCUACAAGGACCACAACGGGGGCGGAAAAUAGUGACCAGGAAGAAGGAGAAGAGGUAGAAAAACACGACGGGAGAAAUAACCCUCCAUCCUCAACAUCAACAUCAACAUCAACACCUACACCUGCCUUCCCAUUUGGCGGCACGCUAACCAGAGACUCGAUGAAGAAUACGCCCGUGUGCAAGCACCUCCUCGCCUGCUUGUUGGCGAACCAGUGUCCGGCGUUGUUUGGUCGUGGGGUUGGGAGGGUUUAUGUGGGUGGUGGUGGUGGUGAUGGUGAUGAUGGUCGUGGUGGUGGUCGGGAAAGGGAGCGGGAAGAGGUUAUGGCUGGGAGGUUUGCUCUGGUUUAAACUACUCCGUAUGCA